GGGAGAGUUGGGGGGCAGAAGGAAUGAGGGUCAGUUAGUUGAGUGCGGGUGAGGGACGAAGUGUGAGUCGGAGGUGGGAGCAGGAGAAUGGUUGAGGCCUGGCUCUGAGCCAUGGCGCUGAGCCCUGAGGAUGAGGACGAACAGGAGAGCGGGCCUCCAGCACCCCCGCCAGCUGCUGGCCCUGGAGGAGGAGGAGGCCAGGUUCGAUUUGAGGCCGGUGUUGGAGAGGAAUGUUGUGCAGCGACACAGAAAGGAAAGGCCAAGGGCAAGGUGAAACCCAAAGCCCCAAUGUCCUCCAGCAAGGCGGCAAGCGGGGCACGGCGCCGACGGACUCGCUGUCGCAAGUGCGAUGCCUGCCAGAAGACAGAGUGUGGGGAGUGCCACUUCUGUAAGGACAUGAAGAAAUUCGGGGGGCCCGGACGCAUGAAACAGUCCUGCAUGCUCCGCCAGUGCACAGCGCCUGUACUCCCUCACACGGCCGUCUGCCUCAUGUGUGGGGACGCUGGCAAGGAGGAGUCUGUCGAAGGCGAGGCCGAGAAGUUCAAGCUCUCGCUGAUGGAGUGCACCAUCUGUAACGAGAUUGUCCAUCCGGGCUGCCUGAAGGUCUGCGCGGCGGACGGAGUCAUUAAUGACGAGAUUCCCAACUGCUGGGAGUGCCCCAGGUGCCAGCUCGAGGGUAAGACUGGCAAGGAUGUGAAGGAGGGGAAGGAGCAGCUGGAGGUGAGUGGGAAGCGCCGAUCAGAUGGUGAGGAGGGGCCUCGCUGGAAGCUGGAGGAGGGCGGCCGGGUCAGGCCUGAGGAUUAUGUAGCCGGGCGCAAGAAGAGGAAAGAGAAGGAUGGAGCACUGGAGGCUGGGCCCAAGAAAAAGAAGCUGAAGAACACCCGGGGGCCAGAGGGCACGGCGCUGAGCACAGAGAGGACCCACCAGCGUGAGAAGCUGGAACACUUCAAGAGGAUGUGCCAGAUGCUGGAGCGUGUGAACCCAGCCCAGAGCUCCAGCUCGAGCUCCAGCUCGGACUCGGACUCAGACUCGCAGGGUUCGGAGGAAGAGGAGGAGGAAGAGGGAGCGGAGGAAGAGGAGGAGGAGAGCAGCGACGGUGGAGGUGGGGCUUCCGGCACCAAUGGCAGCUCCCGUCGGCCACGCGACCAUCGGGUGACAGCGACCUCCCUGCUGGGCUUUAGCGAGAGUGAGGACGAGGAACAGGAGGACGACGAGGGAGCUGAGGAGGAGGAGGAGGAGGAGGAGCUGGCAGAUCACUCCCACCGACCGGCCCCCUACACCACGUCCCGCAACGGCAAGGCCAAGGGCCGCGAGCCCUGGCAGGGCAAGGAGAACCAGCAUGCUGCUCGGCACCCACGGGGCCGGGCCCAGUCCGGCCGCAAAGCCCCCAGAGCGCCUGGUGCUCCCGGCCUGCGAGUAGCAGCCCGCACCCAGUUCCUCAACCGGCCUCCUGUCUGCUCACCGUCCCGGCCCCUGCUGAUGGAGCGCCACGUAGUGAAGCCACCUCCCGACUGCCCCGAGCCCGACUCGCUGCCCCUGGAGACCGGCGCCGACCAUGUCCUGCAGCGGCAUGCCUGGCUAGCUGUCUUCCGCUACCUCAGCCACCGGGACUUGUGUGUCUGCAUGAGGGUGUGCCGUACCCUCAACCGCUGGUGCUGUGAUAAACAAUUGUGGACCAAGAUUGACCUGAGCAGACAGAAGUCGAUCACACCAGCCAUGCUGAGUGGGAUUAUCAGGAGGCAACCCAUUACCCUGGACCUCAGCUGGACCAGUAUCUCGAAGAAACAGCUCAUGUGGCUCAUGAACCGGCUGCAGGGCCUGAAGGAGCUGAUCCUGUCCGGGUGUUCCUGGUCCUCAGUGUCUGCUCUCUGUUCAGCCAGUUGUUCUUGCCUGAGGCUACUCGACCUUCGCUGGGUCGAGGACGUGAAGGACUCACACCUCCGUGAACUCAUCUCCCCUCCAAGUGACACCCGGCCAGGUCAGAACGAGCAUCGAGGGAGGCUGCCAAACCUGUCGGAGCUGCGGCUUGCUGGCCUGGACAUCAAUGACACGUCACUGCGCCUCUUGGUGCGACACCUCCCACAGCUGAACAGUCUCGAUCUCAGCCACUGUCCACACGUUGGAGACCAGUCUGUGAACCUACUGACCGCUGCCAAUUCCCAACUCCGGGACAAUCUGACUGAGAUCAACCUGUCGGGGUGUAACCGACUGACUGACCAGUGCCUGCCUCUGUUCAGGCGAUGCUCGAACCUGUCCCGUGUGGACUUGCGUUGCUGUAAGCUCGUCACGCUGGAGGGCUGCCAACAGUUUGCCAAGGACGCCUCCAUGAGCGCCACCUUCCGGUGCUCCCCGGACAAAUUGAUUUUGCGGAACAGCUAACGCCACAGGGAGGGGACGCUGUGUUCCCCCCCCUCCCCCUCCCGGGUGCUGAUGGUGGGGAGCGAGGGAAUGACGCUGGGUACUUUCACCAUCAGACUCCAGGCUUGGACCUGAAACCAAUUCUGUUUGGUUCCCCUCAUAAUCUCUUUUAUUUUUGCUUCCUCUGUUUCUUAUUUUCACCACCUUCCCCUCCCCCCCCCCC